GCCAAGUUAUAAUCAUUAAGCUAUCUUAACCAACCACUCCUUUUUCCCCUUAUUAAUAAUAAUAAAUAUAGCUAUACUUUGAAAACAUCAUCCAAAAAGACCCUUUCAAAGUUAAAAAAAAAAGAAUAAAAAAAUUGAGAAUAAAUGUGGCAGAAUCAUAGCCAAAAUUCUUCCUUUAGAGAAUCCAUCAAAGCCCUUGAAGCUGAUGUUCAACAUGCCAAUACUAUGGCAGCAGCUCUUCCCCGGGAUCUCGAUGGAGAUUGUGUUCAGAUGAAAGUUUCGUAUGGUUUUCUUGCCCCCUUCUUACUGUUUCUGAUAGAAUGGAUGGACUAUAGUUGUUUAGAUACUCUAGCUAGUUGCUUAGGACUCCUUCACAUCCUUGUUUACAAGGUUUAUGUUGAUGGAAUGCCAACAAUGCCUCCACAAGAAAGGAAAGCCACAAUUAGAGAAUUCUACGCCAUUAUAUAUCCUUCACUAAAGCAGCUGGAGGGGAAUUUAGUGGAAUUAAUGAAGGAGAAUACUAAAGUAACUCAACUCUCCAACACUUCAAAUGGAAGAGUGGAAGAGAAAAGACAGUCAUGUAAAAGUAUUCCGGGAGAAGAAGACGAAUGUGGUAUAUGCAUGGAGACUGGCUCCAAGAUAGUAUUGCCUAAUUGUAGCCAUUCCAUGUGUGUUGGCUGUUUCCACGACUGGUACAUCCGGUCUCAAUCAUGCCCUUUUUGUCGAGGUAGUCUAACGAGAGUCAACUCCAGAGACUUGUGGGUUCUAACUAGUGACUGUGAUGUGGUUGAUAGCACCACACUAGAGCAGGAGAACGUAAGGCGGUUCUACCUUUAUAUUGAUAAGUUGCCACUUGCCGUCCCUGACACCAAUGUUAUGCUUUACGAUUACAUGAUAUAGACUUGGAAGUGGAAGCACUAAUAUCAUGCAUGCUAGCUAGCUGACCUACUUCAGGUGAAUAAAGGGUCUCACUCGUAUUGUACAUAGUUAACGAAACAACUAGCUAGCUAUCGAUACUGCAAACUCAAAGCUACAGAGCCGAGGUGUCUGUGGAAUGACUAAUCUUCACACAUGUUAGCUCGAUGCAAUUAUGUGACGGAGUUUGAGCUAAAUUAUGUAUAGAGUCAUGAAAGUAGAAAGUAUAGAGAUAUUCCUGACAUUCAACUCAGUUUUUUUUUGGAACCUGAGUGUUGAAAUGGGAAGAGAAAAGACUAAAUGUCUUUUGUCAAAUGCUGCUUGUUAUGCUUGUACAGUAUUUUACUAUGGAAUUACAGAAGGUAUAUAGCGAAAACUCAUGGUUGUAACUUCAUUUGUUUAGUCAGAAAGAUAAACGUAAGGUCUGCAUA